CGUUUCAAUGUCGCUAUUUUCUCUCUCCUCUGUCUCUCUCUCUCCUCCUCCAUUUUCGACAGCUCAUUCCUGUCGGCAUCUUCACCGGCGAAUCUUUUCUCUUUCUUCUUCUUCUUCUUCUUCAUCUUCUUCAGCUUCAGUUUCAGCUUCAACUUCGAAGCCGGCAAAAGUCGUGGUCACCAGAGAGCGUGGCAAGAAUGGCAAGCUCGUCAAUGCUCUGGCUAAACAUGGAAUUAGCUGUUUGGAGCUUCCCCUCAUUAAGCAUACAAAAGGACCUGAUUUAGAUAGGCUUUCUACUGUAUUAAGUGCGGAUGCAGAUACUGCCUUUGACUGGAUUGUCAUAACUUCCCCUGAAGCUGGUUCGGUCUUUUUAGAGGCAUGGAAGGCAUCUGGAACCCCAAAUGUUAAGAUAGCUGUUGUUGGGGCUGGCACAGCAAGCAUUUUUAAGGAAGUAAUGCAAUCAUUGAAACAAUCUCUCGAUGUUGCUUUUGUGCCAUCAAAAGCAACAGGGAAGGUUUUGGCUUCGGAGCUUCCGAAAAAUAGCAGCACAAAGUGCACUGUCUUAUAUCCCGCUUCUGCAAAGGCCAGCAAUGAGAUUGAGGACGGCUUGUCUAAUCGUGGAUUUGAAGUCACGCGGCUAAAUACAUACACAACGGCACCUGUUCAAGAUGUGGACCAAAAGGUCUUCGAGCAGGCACUGUCUGCCCCUGUGGUCACAGUUGCAUCACCUUCCGCCAUUCGUGCCUGGGUCAAUCUCCUUCCGAAGCCGGAACAAUGGCGCAAUUCAGUUGCUUGUAUUGGUGAGACAACUGCCUCCGCUGCAAAAAGAUUGGGCCUGAGAAAUGUGUACUACCCAACAAAUCCAGGUCUUGAAGGAUGGGUGGACAAAAUUCUAGAGGCACUGAGAGAAAACGGCCACUAGCGGAAGAGCAAUUUGUUAUGUUUCGAACCAGGCCCAGGCAAGCUGACUGGGAGUAAUUGAAACCUCUGCGUACACGCAAGAUUUCGAUGUUUCUACGUAAACUAGUUACAGAACAGAGUAAAACAUAUGCCAGCAGCAGAACAGAAAAGUCUGGAGUUUUAUAAUAUCCUGAAGAGGGUUGCAUCCAGAAGGCAUAAAUUUCUCUCCACACCAAGAAGAGGCUAUCUGGAUGAUGCCGUAGAUAAAAUAUCUCUAGUCGUGCAUAUAUUAACAACCAAGGUUUCAUUCAUUUUUCAAAGCGAGAUUGAGGUUUUCCUACGCUGUUAAUAACAGAUUGGUGUCGUUGCUAGUUCCUGAAACUGUACUGACUACUUUGUAAAGGUAGUACUUGUUCGUUAGCCAUUCAUAUCAUUGAAUGAUACACUCUUAGCUUUAAAAGCUUACAAUGAAAAUGCAGAUUGUGAAAAUAAGAAUUUAUUUUUUAUUU